UAUUUGGAAAUUACCUCCUUCAGUCUCGCGCCUGUGGCUGUGGCAUGUUAUCCUCCGCCACGACCUAACCCUAAACCCUUCGUCAUCAAUUCCGGUCGCUGCAGGAGGAUCUCCAGCACGAAAGCCAAGCGCCAGUUCUUCUUUGAGUCGCGGUUCCAGGUUUUGGUGCAGUCGUCAGUUUCCCAGUCUUUGGUAUGUUGUUUUCGUUAGUCGUUACUGCUUUUAAUUACCGUAUAAUCAAACGGCGCUCAUAUGCGUGCUGUGGAGGAAUAGUCAGACUUGUCCAAUCUUGGUGGGUAGAACGUUCGCAAUCUUGGAUUUGCUUUUUUCUCUUUUUGUGUUCUUCAUCUGGACUAGGGUGUGGCAUUAGUGGAUAAGUUUUGUUGAAUUUGAUAUUGUGUUUGAUUACUUUUAUGUUUGCGUUCUCUCGGCGUGUUAAAUGGACGACAGCUCGUGCUGAAUUAUUUCACACACUGAAGCAGCUGAUUCGUUGGUUGAAAUUUGAUUUCUGCGUUCCUCCUAGUUUACUUCCAUUGGGCUGUUGUCGUUGUUAUUAAUACAACACUGUAGUGGUUGGUGAGCUUUAAUCUAGAUGCCUUUACUUAGACCUUUGGAACUGAGAAAAUAGUCUACUGUGUUAGCACCAUUAUUACGUUUUAAACUCGUUCCUCUUAUUUCUGUAGAUAUGUUGAUUCAAGAUUGAAUACACUUAUCAAUAACAGUAUUAACCAACGUCCACCCAAUAUUAAUAAAUUGGCACGGAAGUCUGAAUUUUUCUGUUCUUAAUAUCACUUCUGUGCAUUCCCUGUACUGAAUUGGUGUUACAAUUUUCUUCAAUUUAUGUCCUGUAGUUGGGAUUUAUUUACGUGAAGUAAAAGGGACCCGGCUUGUUAAAUUCUGUUUCCAUUUUGUUAAUUGAUAUAACAUUAUGGUAUUUCUAUUUUGUUUUUUAUGUGGAGUUUUCCCACUGACGACCUUAGAUAAUGAUGUUGCACCAAGAGUAUUAACACUAAUGUUUUAUAUGACCACGUUCUUAAAUAUGUUGAUAAGAAAGGCAGUAAACUUUUGCACCAUUCCUCUUUGCAAUCGGAUGCAACAUAAUUGAGGAUUUCAAGUUAAUCCACAGAGGACAUCCUGCAUAUUUUUUCAGGGUUGUUUUCUCAAUGAUGUUAAGAGAGAUGAGUAAGAUGACAAGCGCUUGGACAAAUAUGAGCAUUGCAAUCAUACAUAGGGAUAUAGAAAGGGAAUGGGAGAAUCCUUGUGGAGUUAUGGGUAUUUUUUUUAAAAUGGAGAUGCUUGAUCACUCUCAGAAAAGCUAUGCACUGCUAAAAUUCUGGAGAGGAUGAGGAGAUACAAAAUUUAUUUCAAUAUUAUAAUACCUUUGGAGCAUCUUGGAGCAAAUGAGCAAUGGAAUUGUGGAGCACGGCUCACAUGGAGGAUUGCUCUCUUGGUUUGCUUUGUUGUUUUUGGUUCUACCUUAUUUUAAGAGUAAAGUUGUUGAUACAGAUGGCAAUUGUUAUAGAAGAUGGUUGUUCUAUCCUUUUGAUGAUUCAUUUAAUAGAUGUAUGAUGUUAUGACAUAACAUGUGCAGGAAUAAUAUUUCAAACGCUCGGACUAAUUUGUUGCCUUGAAGAUGAGUAGUCGUUUUUCCCGCACGAUAUAUGUUGGAAACUUGCCCUCAGACAUAAGAGAGAAUGAAAUUGAAGAUUUGUUCUACAAGUAUGGUCGAAUUUUGGAUAUUGAAUUGAAGAUUCCGCCGCGCCCUCCAUGUUAUUGUUUUGUGGAGUUCGAGAAUGUUAGGGAUGCAGAAGAUGCCAUUCGAGGUCGUGAUGGAUAUAAUUUUGAUGGUUGCCGUCUAAGGGUUGAGCUUGCACAUGGUGGUAGAGGCCCUUCAUCAAGUGAUCAUCGUAGCAAUUAUGGUGGCAGUGGUGGUGGUGGAGGACGUUUUGGUGUUUCAAAACGAUCAGAAUAUCGAGUUAUUGUACGGGGACUCCCAUCUUCUGCUUCUUGGCAGGAUUUGAAGGAUCAUAUGCGCAAGGCUGGUGAUGUGUGUUUUGCUGAAGUUUCCCAUGACAGCGAAGGGACAUUUGGGACUGUUGAUUAUACAAACUAUGACGACAUGAAGUAUGCUAUUCGAAAACUUGACGAUACAGAAUUCAAAAAUCCUUGGGCAAGAGCAUACAUUCGGGUGAAAAAGUACGAAGGCAGUCCCACUAGGGGUCGGAGCAGAAACAGAAGCAGAAGCCGUAGUAGGAGCCGGAGCCGAAGCCGAAGUGUGAGGCGAAAUAGGAGCAAAUCAGCCGAACAAUCUGUUUCUAGAUCAGUUUCAAGAUCAAGAUCUCUAUCCCCUGUUAAAUCUUCAAGACGACGUUCAAAAUCAAGAUCUGGAUCACCACGUGAGGCACGAGAAGGUAGCGGAUGAUAAUACGAAGCUAUAAUGAUAGGAACGGUUGUUAUAAUAUCGAGAAUGCAACAUUCUGUUGGAUUUCAUGUUAGUUUAGGACCUAUUAUAUUAUGCUUGACUGGUUAUGAGGAGUUGAGUUAUCUGAAGAAUAUGGGUUGAGUUGUAUGGAUAUCUUUCAAAUCCUUCUCAUGUAUUUGACCUGACCUACCAUCAUUAUGUUUGGAGAGACAUCUUUUGGUAUUUGCAUGUCUUAAGUUUCUUGCUCA